GUCUCAACAGUAACAUUUCUUACUCAAAUUAUCUGCACUAAGAAGCCUAAGUUUUGUACCAUCUGUUUAAAAAAUGACUUCUGUAACAGAUGUCCUGCGAAAAAAUCUGAAGGUGAUCCAUGGCUAUCCUAUGGUGUAUGCUUUUGCUAACAACUGGGAGAAGGUAGAGCCAUUCCAAAGCAGGCCAGAUGACAUUGUAAUAUCCACCUACCCUAAAUCAGGCACCACUUGGGUUAGUGAAAUUGCAGAUAUGCUUCUAAAUGAUGGAGAUGUUGAAAAAUGUAAGCGAGAUGUUAUUAGUGCUAAAGUUCCAAUGCUAGAAUUUUAUUUUCCUGGAAUGCCAGUAUCAGCUGUAGAACAGUUAGAGAUGAACCCUUCACCUCGGCUUGUGAAGACACAUCUGCCAAUUGAUCUUCUUCCUAUGUCUUUCUGGGAGAAGAAGUGCAAGAUGAUUUAUAUGGCUCGAUAUGCCAAGGACGUUGCUGUCUCUUAUUACCAUUUUGAUUUAAUGAAUAAUUUACAUCCUGAUCCUGGCACCUGGGAAGAGUAUUUGGAGAAAUUCUUAAUGGGAAAUGUGCCGUAUGGUUCUUGGUUUAAUCAUGUCAAAAGUUGGUGGAAGAAAACAGAAGAAUAUCCAAUCCUUUUCUUGUUCUAUGAAGACAUGAAACAGAAUCCAAAGGAAGAAAUCAGGAAGAUUGCCAGAUUUUUAGACAAGAACUUGAAUGAGGAUAUCAUUGAUAAGAUCGUUCACCACACCUCUUUUAAAAUGAUGAAGGACAACCCUCUGGUGAAUUACACACACGUGCCAACUGCAAUGAUGGAUCACAGCAAAUCCCCUUUCAUGCGCAAAGGGAUUACUGGUGACUGGAAAAAUUACUUCACAGUGGCCCAAAAUGAGAAAUUUGAUGCCAUUUAUAAGAAGGAAAUGUCUGAAACCAUACUUCAAUUCCACACAGAGAUUUAAAGUACCUAAAUUGCAACUUGAAGAAAGAAUAGAUUACUGCUGUUUAUGGAAAUGGGAUAUUCAUGACCUGACUGAGAAAUAAUUGAGUAGAUUUAUAAAGCAAAAAAAUGCGCUUGACAGCUUUGAUUUUGCAGUGUCAUUAUUAAGGUCUGAGUUUUGUCCUCUCAGUCCCAUAAUGCAAAUUCGUGAAAGCUAAGGCUUACUACUGCAUUUUCUUAGUUUACUUCUGUUCUGCUAAAGUAGGACCGACAGAGAACGUGCAGCUCUUUCUGCUCAGUCUCCCAUAUGCUCUAAUUUAAAGUUAUGGUCCCUUCCUGUUAACAUCUUGUGAGAAGUGCUGUUUCCAUGCUGUGACGCUGUUUCCGUGCUGUGACGCUGUUUCCCAGCUCUGCUCAGCUUUUCUGAGCUGAAUACUUGAUUCAGAACAUGGAGCUCCUUGCUGGGUUUCAUGCUGCUCCUGAGUUAUAGCUCAUCUUCUCCACAAGGCUUGUGUUUGGACAACACAGUUCAAGUCCCAGAUCUUGUGGUUGAGAUUUGGAAUCAUUUUUCUAUAUUUACUUAACAUCUAAUUCUCCAAAUGACCCAGACCUUCAUUAUUCUGUCUACAGUUUUGGGGAGGGGACCUCAUCUCUGAGAGCCUCCCUAGAGCUCUGGAGCCUCUUGCAAAAGAGAUUAUUGACCCUUUGAAAUUCUGAGGACUAUCUGCUUCCGGGCUCUGAUCACUUUCCUCUUAUUUCUGAAUGGAUUUGGAUGUCUUUAUAGCACCUGUAAUACCAAGAUAAGAUUGCAGUACUGUACUGCUAAAAUUUACAGACAUCCUGCUUUGAGUAGAUUGCCAUAAGACUGCAACAAACCUUGUGAUGUAAGGCCUGCAGGGAGCACCUUUGGUCUCUCGUUGUACCCCGGAGAGAAACGGUGGUGGGUAUGAGAAAAAUAAAGACAAGAGACAAGAGCUGGGUCAGGUGCGGUUACCUCUGACCUGAUGGGAAGAGGACUGACUUCAACAGUAGGGUAGUUUGUUUUAUAGUCAUGCAAAGUUAGUAUCGAGAGAGGUAA